UUAGUAGUCAGAUAUGAAGUAAUCAACCAAUUGCAGAUUAGUAAGCAGAAAGAUGGGGUAAGGGACACCCGCAAAUCACUAUGUAGACUCCGUGCUCUGUGCACCGGUUUAGUGAGAUUAGAGGGUGUGGGAGAGCGCGGCUAACCCAUCAUCGCGCCGCCAUCCGCAGAAAGCGCAGAUUACGUUGACCAGCACAUAUUGUAGAAUAGGCCUCUCUGACCUACUUUGAUCAUUCUCUCGGUCUCACACGACAGGUAGACUGAGCAGAGAAGUCCUCUACUUCCAGUUCCUGCUAUCACAAUGGCGGACGACUCGUCUCCAGCAGAGACUCCGGCGGGACAGAAAGACGCACCGUCGACCCAGCCUCCCGCUUCCCCAUCUUCCCGAUCUCGAUUUUCAGUGUCCUCGCUUUCGCCGGCCCGGUCUAGCAGCCACAAGUCCUCAUCCGGAUCAUACAAAUCUCACGCGAGCAAAGCAGCAAACACAGGCCGCCUCAGCGUCUCGUCGCUCUCGCAGCAUCUACCCCGCCUCUCAAGUAAGAGCGGCCGCUCAUCUGACGAUGCCACGGUCAGCGAAGACGCCAUCGCGGACGACGACGGCGGCAACGAAUCCGGAGACGACGACGAUGACGUGCCUGGAUUGAUGGCGCAGACUCUCGGAGUGCCUGGUGGUCUUCGAACGUUCAGAGAGCGACGCGGUCGCCGGUCCGGCGCAUCGAGCCAUGCGCGGUCGUCAUCUGUCGAUGUAGCGCAGGCAACGGGCCUGGGAACUUCGGUGUUUUCUUUCAUUUCUGCUGCUUCGAAAGCCAGGUUCAGUCGGAUGGCUUCUGGCGGUGACGACGAUGACCACGAGACCGAGGAGCCGGAGCUCGACGAUGACGACUACGAUGACGACGAGGAAAUGGAUGACGCUGACGAUGAAGCCGAGGGCGACGAUUUAAGCCCGGCUGACAGCGAGAGCAACGUCUCAAUUACUGUGACUGAUCAUGAUACCAGUAGUGCGCCAAAAGAGCGCAAAGAUAAAGAUAGCAGCAUGCAGGGCUCGCGCAACCAGCAACCGCUGGCCUCUUCGUUUCUUAUGAACAGAGCUUCAGCGAAUCUGCGAGCCGACGAUGACGGAUCCCGCACAUUCCCAACGCUGGAGCCGAUCAAAUCUGUCGGGUCGCUGACGACGCUUACCGGAGUCAAGACCGAGACGUCGGCGCAUGAAGACGAAAGUUUGGAGAGCUCGGCAUCGCUGCAUUCUGUUGACUCGCUGCACUCGAGUGCGCUGGCUGAGAAGCUCAUGACUGUAUUCGGAUAUAAGAAGAAAGAAGAGGUUCUUCAUGAAUUUCCCUGCUAUCUGCUCAAGAGUAUCUUGCUUCAAGGACAUAUGUUUAUCACAGCAAAGCACAUUGCAUUCUUUGCAUACAUUCCUCAAAAGACUCACACAACUUUCAAAUCUGGCACUUUGAGCCGCAAACUUCACUCGCCUGGCCGCUAUUCUCGCUUCUGGUGUGUCGUCAAGGAUAACGUCUUCUCUUACUUCAACUCCGCGUCCGAGCUCUACUUCCCAGUCGGCAGUAUUGAUCUCCGCUACGCACUCUCGGUUGAGCUCUCGAAGCCAAAUUUGACACUCAAGGAAGCGGGUGCCGAUCCAGUCUCGUUCACCAUCGUCACGCAGACCAAGAAAUACCAUUUCCGCGCCGACUCGUUUGUGAGUGCCCAAGAAUGGGUCAGCUCGAUCCAGCAAGCGAUUUUCCGGGCGCAGAAUGAGGGCGACUCGGUCAAGAUUGUGAUUCCGUCUGAGAAUGUGCUGGAUCUCGAGGAGAGCCCGUUCAUGGAGUUUGCGGAUACAAUUAAGAUCAAGGUUGUCGACGUUGACGGAGGAGAAAUGUACGCGAUCGAUGACUACUUUUUCACCUUCUUUCACGAUGGCGAAGAAGCGUUGAAGGCUUUGAGAGAGAAUGUUAUGCCUUAUCAGCAGCCGACGGGCGCCUCUGCUUUGGCCGCCUCAAGCGAUGGCGACGACGACAGUGAUAACGAGAAGAUGGCGGCCUCUGUACUUCUUGAUCGCCAUCCUCGUGAAUCGAUUUUGGAUACUACUGAGCAGCGCCACGAUCACCAUCGCCGGCUAUCUGGCGGCCAUCUCUCGCACGUCGACAGUCUCCGGUCGCGCUCGCCGAGAAGUACAUCGCGACUUCUGUCUCUUCGAGGACGGUCACCCGAUCCUUCUAGCUCGUCGCUCUCGGUCGACUCUGGUGUCGGCCUCCCCCAUCGGAACUCGAGUCCGCUGCGCGUCGUAAGUAAGAUGCGCAAUCUCGUGCACUCCUCAUCUGUCAUUUCGUUGCCGCAUCCGCCUGCCGAACCCGUGUCCGCGCCGGCAUCCUUGCCGCCUUCGCCUGCUGAAGAGGUCAACUCGUCGACAGACACGUCGGAGGAUAUCGUCGACGUUGGCUCUGCGUCUGCGCAGUCUUCGCCGCCAUUUGACCCCGCGACGGGUAGCAAGGCCGCUAAGAAGCCCGGAAAUGAAGGGUGGUCGGAUUGGGUGAAGAAAGGAGGCCGGAAGGUGCAGAGCAUGAUUCCGAACGUGAUUCCAAACGUGAUUCCGAACCCGUCGGGAUAUGUCGACAAAGUUACCGAGAUGUGGGUCGGAAACUCAAAGCAUUUCGACGGGCACGGAGGAGCGAUGCUCGAAGGAGAUAGCAUGAACAUCUCGAAAGACGAGGCAACUGCGAACAUCGAGGCCGAGAAAGAGAGUGCGGAUCGGUUUAGAGCGCACUUUGCGCUUCCGGAGGAUGAGAAGCUGAUUGCUAGUUUUUACGGAUAUCUGCAUCGUGCGAUUCCGUUGUACGGAAAGCUGUACUUGGGAUCUGAGCAUUUUUGCUUCAGAAGCUUGCUUCCUGGGACAAAGACUAAGAUGAUUCUUCCACACUCGGACAUUGAGAAUGUGGAGAAGAAGCAAGGUUUCCGAUUUGGAUAUGCUGGACUUGUGGUUAUAAUUCAUGGCCACGAGGAAGUGUUUUUUGAAUUCCGAUCGUCUGAUAAUCGCGAUGACUGUGCGGUGACUUUACUGCGGCAGCUUGAUGCGCUCCGGAAUAAAGCGCCGGAGGAUGACAAGCCAGAGUCGAAGAUGACAAAGGAGGAAGCAGCGCUGAUGAGGGCGCAGAGACACUCAAAGGGAAAGUUGCCUCCUGUACCAACCCAAGAGCUGAUUGAAGAUGGCACACCGGUGAUAUUUGAGUCUACCUCUCCUGAAGAAAGCAUGAUGAUUGCGAAGCCGGCCAAGAAGCUCAAGUUUGUGUGUUUGACGAUUGGAUCGCGAGGAGAUGUUCAGCCGUACAUUGCUUUGGCGAAGGGAUUGAUAAACGAGGGUCACGAUUGCACUAUUGCUACACACGAUGAAUUCAAAGACUGGGUCGAGGGGUACGGCAUUGGGUUCAAAUCUGUCGCUGGAAAUCCUGCGGAGCUGAUGCGAUUGGGAGUCGAGCACGGCAUGUUUACGUACUCGUUCUUGAGAGAAGCCGCGUCGAGUUUCAGAGGCUGGAUCAAGGAGCUCUUGGAGACAUCCUGGGUGGCGUGUCAAGAUGCAGAUGUACUGAUUGAGUCGCCGUCAGCGAUGGCUGGAAUUCAUAUCGCGGAAGCGUUGCAGAUCCCGUAUUUCAGAGCGUUCACGAUGCCGUGGACUAGAACUCGGGCGUACCCGCACGCGUUUGCGGUGCCAGACCAGAAAAUGGGAGGAUCGUACAAUUAUCUGACGUAUGUGAUGUUUGAUAACGUGUUUUGGAAGGGCAUCUCGGGACAGGUGAAUAAGUGGCGGACAGAGACGCUGAAUCUCGGGCGCACGAAUCUGGAUAAGAUGCAAGCGCAGCGCGUGCCGUUUCUGUACAACUUUUCGCCUACUGUUGUUCCGCCGCCGCUCGAUUUCCCCGACUGGAUCAAAGUGACUGGAUACUGGUUCUUGGAUGAGGGCGGUAGCAAGUACGAGCCUGAUCCGGCGUUGGUUGCGUUUAUGGAGAAGGCGCGAACGGACGGCAAGAAGCUUGUGUACGUUGGCUUUGGUUCGAUUGUUGUCGCGCAGCCGAAGGAGCUUACGCGCGCGGUGGUGGAAUCGGUGCUGCAGUCAGAUGUGCGCUGCAUCCUGUCAAAGGGAUGGUCAGAUCGACUGAACUCUGCUAAUGCACACGAGCCCGAGGUGCCGCUUCCGCCGGAAGUGUUCCAGAUCAAGGCUGCACCGCACGAUUGGCUAUUCCCGCAGAUCGAUGCCGCAGUGCAUCACGGAGGAGCGGGAUCUACGGGCGCCAGUUUGCGCGCUGGCCUGCCGACUGUGAUCAAGCCGUUCUUUGGCGACCAGUUUUUCUACGCGGGCCGGGUCGAGGAUCUGGGUGCGGGAAUCCAUCUGAAGAAGCUUACGGUGCGGCAUUUCGCAAAGGCGCUGUGGGAAGCGACUCACAACGAGCGGAUAGUUGCAAAGGCGAGGUUGGUGGGCGAGCACAUUCGGGCGGAGAAUGGCGUCAAGACCGCGAUUAAGACGAUUUAUCGGGAUAUGGAGUACGCGCGGUCGAUUGUACAGAAGAGCGAGUCCGACAAGGACGAGAGCUGGUACUUUGUCGAGAAGGGAUCGGGAGCGCGACACAGGGGCAGCGGAACGAAGACGCACGCGCAAUCGGAGAAAGAUAAGACAACAAAGAAGGUGAUGGGAGGUAGCGCGCACGCGAGCGACGUGGCAGCAGGGGACGACGUUAAUUAGCUGGGUGGGAGGAUGUGAACGGGACUCGGGGAUUUGCGGUCCCUGCGGUGCGUAGUUUUAGGCUCGCGGUUGGGAUGAAAGCGCGAUAAGGCGCAAGGCACACACGGUAGGCCCCACUCCACUCCAGUCCAGUGCCCGGGUGGACGAGCUCUAAAUCGAGGAAGACAAGACUUGUAA